UUUGGGCCCUCAGUCUCAUGCACCUUCUUUGCAAAGCCAACUUCUGCAGAGCAAAUGCUGGACCCAGGAUCGGAACCCACAGUUACGUUCCUGUUCACACUGCUGAACACACCUGAGCCCAAAGACUCUGAAUCAGAUUUCGACACGCAGGAGGCCCGGUUCCUGGAUCCGGAAGACUGGGGCUCCCAGCAGACCUCAGAGGAGUUGAGGCAAUUGCAUAAUGACUGCUUAAGGCUUCAGAAGAAGCUAAUCACCAGCCAAGCAAGCAACACAGCCUUAGAGGAGAAGCUGCAAAACAUGCCUACCCAGUUGUACCAGAACCUGACAGAGAGCACUCUGGCCCUGGCGGAGGAAACCGAGGCCACCCAGGAACAAGUAGAAGUCAUCCAAGAGGAAGUCCUAGCCGGGCAGGCCCAGGCAACAUUGACCCAGGUUGUUCAGCAGCACUUGCAGGUGGCAAGGAAGAUUCAAGUCCAGACCUCUUCCCUUGAGCUUCCUAACCCUCCAACCAUCCUGCUUUCAAAAGACAAUACUGUACAGCCUCCUGCCAUACCUUCCCAGCCACCACCGGAACCCCAGUCAGCCCUGGUCAGGCCUGAAGCCACAGAUCUGCCACGUACUCAGGAAGCCAUUUCUCCAGCAGGCUCCCCUCCAGGUCCCAGUAAUAAACAUUGAGCUGCUCAAAGCAUCCACAAGGCCUGGAAUUUGGGGCUAGGGCGCCAGCAUCUCCAAGGUCUCUGGGCUUCUCUGUCUCCAUAACUCUGUCCUUCAGAUCAUUCAAGGGACAUGUUCCCAUAAGUACUGGGUGGGGUAGGAGGGGCCCACAUUCCUUCCUCAGGAGGACCAAGUGCCUUCUGUAAUUCUGAAGUGCAGGAAGAAAGAUUCCAAGGAUGCAGAGAGAGAGCCACU